GGACGGCGCUGAGUACGUGACGGUUGUGUGCGUGACGGUUGUGUAGUGGUGGGGUCAUGACUGCUCGGAGGGCUCUGCACUUCGUGUUCAAAGUGGGAAACCGCUUCCAGACGGCGAGUUUCUACCGUGAUGUCCUGGGGAUGAAGAUUCUGCGGCAUGAGGAAUUUGAAGAAGGCUGCAAAGCUACCUGUAAUGGGCCAUAUGAUGGGAAAUGGAGCAAAACAAUGGUGGGAUUUGGACCUGAGGAUGAUCAUUUUGUUGCAGAACUGACUUACAAUUAUGGUAUUGGAAACUACAAGCUUGGCAAUGACUUUAUGGGUAUCACACUCGCUUCUAGUGAGGCUGUCAGCAAUGCCAGGAAGCUGAAGUGGCCACUCAGAGAAGUUGCAGAAGGUGUUUUUGAAACUGAGGCCCCAGGAGGAUAUAAGUUCUAUCUGCAGGAUCGAAGUCCACCUCAGUCAGAUCCUGUAUUAAAAGUAACUCUAGCAGUGUCUAAUCUUCAGAAGUCAUUGCACUACUGGUCUGAUCUCCUGGGAAUGAAAAUUUAUGAAAAAGAUGAAAAGAAACAAAGGGCUUUGCUGGGCUAUGCUGAUAACCAGUGUAAGCUGGAGCUCCAGGGUAUCAAGGGUGUGAUUAAUCAUGCAGCAGCUUUUGGAAGAAUAGCCUUUUCUUGCCCCCAGACAGAGCUGCCUGACUUAGAGGACUUGAUGAAAAGGGAGAAACAGAAGAUUCUGACUCCCCUGGUGAGUCUGGAUACCCCCGGGAAAGCCACAGUGCAAGUGGUCAUUCUGGCUGACCCUGAUGGGCAUGAAAUUUGCUUUGUGGGAGAUGAAGCAUUUCGAGAACUUUCUAAAAUGGACUUAGAGGGAAGCAAAUUGUUGGAUGACGCAAUGGCAGCUGAUAAAAGUGAUGAAUGGUUUGCUAAACAAAAGAAACCAAAGGCUUCAGGUUAACAGAAGACAUCACGUGGCACAAGCAUUUGAGAUUCCUGUCUAGCACCUGUGAG